UUUUUUAUUUGAUUUCUAAAUCUUGUCCAUGUCCUUGUGAUCCUUGUCCCUUACUUUAUUCUUGUUGAAUUACGUGAAUCAAUAAUUAUUGUUUAGUUUUUUUCUCAACAUUGAACAUUCUUAAAUUUAUUCAAUUGUGAAUAUAAUGGCUAAGAAAACCUAUGAUCUUCUUUUUAAACUUCUUCUCAUAGGUGAUUCGGGUGUUGGCAAAACUUGUAUUUUAUUUAGAUUUUCAGAUAACCACUUCACCUCUACAUUUAUAUCUACAAUAGGCAUUGAUUUUAAAAUAAAAACAGUAGAACUGAGAGGUAAGAAGAUUAAGCUCCAAAUCUGGGAUACUGCAGGGCAGGAAAGAUUCCACACUAUAACUACAUCAUACUACAGGGGUGCAAUGGGCAUCAUGCUGGUGUAUGACAUAACUAAUGAGAAAACAUUUGAUGAUAUAGUGAAAUGGCUAAGGAAUAUAGAUGAGCAUGCAAAUGAAGAUGUAGAAAAAAUGAUAUUGGGCAACAAAUGUGAUAUGGAAGAGAAGAGAGUUGUGAGUAAGGAGAGAGGUGAAGCUAUAGCUCGUGAGCAUGGCAUCAGGUUCAUGGAGACAUCAGCCAAGUCCAAUAUUAACAUUGAGCGAGCAUUCUCUGAGCUGGCAGAGGCAAUCCUGGACAAGACGGCCGGGCGAGAGGCGGACGCAGAUCUCGCUCGCAUUGCCGUGGAGCGCCGGCCUUCCCGCGCACCGCCUGCACGCGCGUGUUGCUCCUAACUGCCUCUCGGUCUCUGUGUUACUCAAUUGUUGGUUUACUGGAUUUAUGGGUAGCAGUCAACACCGGCAGAAUAUUUAAUCCAACAACAAACACUGCUUACAAACCGUUACAAAACAUAUUGUACAUCUCGAUGAGACUUGACAAAAAAAAAAUCUCACUAAAAUUUAACAGUCUUACCGAUGAACUUGGUAUAAAGUUAUACCUGAGUAUAAACCAAAAAUAUGCAAAAUGAUACCAAGUUUAUUUGUAAGGCAGUAAAUGUUUUUAAUAAGUCAUUGGUUAUGACAAAUUUUGUUUUAAUAAUUUUUAAAUAUGUUUUAUACAACUUUUUGUAGAAACAGUAUGUGGAUGACAUACUCCCUCCAAACAGUAGUCUGUGGGCCCAGUGGUGUGCAGCCAUAUCAUCAUAAUGUAUACAAUAUUAAGGGAAGUUUCUCUUUAUUCUUCAUUAAUAUUUACUUCUUUCAUCAAUAUCAUAUAGCAUGUAUAAAAAGGCAUGAUUAAAACUUCACUACAAAUGCUAUUACUACUUACUGUACACACACUUAACUCAAAGAAAACCUAAAUAUUUUGCCUUAUCUUUUAAAUCUAGUUUAACAUGAAACUCCAACACUGUUACAUAAAAUAUAUAUAAUUCAAUCUUUUAUUACAAAUAAAAGUAGAGAAAUAUGAAUGGCAAUCAAAUUGGUAAAAUCCAAACUGGUCACUAGUAUGACUAAGCUUUAUAACAUGAAUGAACAUACUCACCACCCACCGAGGUUACUUAAACAGAGCAGAUUACGCACAUAGACAAACCAGGGUACAUUGACUGCACUGUAGAUCAAUAGCACUUGAUGACAAAAUAUUAAUGUCAUCUUAAUAUUAUGGUUUGUAGGAUAGUGUGUUUGUUAUACAAGUGGUUUGAGUAGUGUUGCUGCUGUAAAUUUGAAAUUAUACUUUUUCUGGCACAGAGCUGUUAUAAGGAUGGUUGCGGCUCUUCUACAUAAAUUCUAGUUAGUGAAGAAAGUUUCACUAAAAUAUGUAUAAAUGUGAUCUUGAACUAAAAUCAAUUACAGAUAUUUUUAUUUUUUAUAUUUAUUAACUUUUUUAUUGAAUAUAUUUGCCAAGUAUCAAUUGAUUGCAUUUGGUGUAAGUACAUAAUGUUUUAAGUAAUAAUAUACACUGAAUUAUUCACGCUUAUAUCAUUAAUUGUAUCCUCUUGUACACAAUAAAAGUAACAAUAUUUAUGUAGAUAAUUUAAAUGUUGUGUUAUUAUUCUUAAAUAUAAUGUUAUUUGAAUUAAAUGCAAUUUAAACAAGUUACCUGUAUAUAGGUACUUAAAUAUGAACAACAUGUGUAUGUGUGUGUGAUGUUGUUGAACUUACAUAACACUACACUGAUUAUUAAGCUUUCAUGUGUUUUUGCCUGUCUUCAUGAAGAAACACACAUGGUAUAUGGUCACGGUCAAUGACUAGAAAUACUUGCUGUUUCACAUGUUGUAAUAUGUAUAUCAUGGUGUAAUACGUAAAUGUAGUUGUCGUCACUUACAACCAGCUGAUGCCCAUAUUUUUGAUAUCACAAGUUACUCUCCGAUGUUGUCAUACUCUUUCUUUUAUAGGUUAGCAUGUUCCGAAGUAGUUGUAGAAGUAGACAUGUCAUUUUACAUAUUAUGUUGUUGAUGUAACUGGUUCACACUGACUCGAGUCUGGUUAAUGGGAAGAAAGAUUUGGUGUCCACAAUACCUCAGUGGAUAUUCUCGGCACAUGUUUUGGGAAAGCACCUCAACGUCAUCACACCGGGCAGCACUUGGUUGUAAGUGAGUGUCGUGCUGCAGAGUGCAGUAGAUCUGUAUCGGGUGUAACUGUGUCUGUCUGUAUGUAUGUACGUAUGUAGGUAGGCUUAGGUUAACGCGGUGCGUGUAUCUUCUCCACGUUUUUAUCAGCUUUUUAUAUAAACAUUGGCGUUGUAAGUAUAUUAUGUUCUUAAAUAAAUAAUCUAUUGUGA